UCCAACGUACGGCGGUGCACAUGGAGUCGGAGGGGGAGCAGAGCUCGCUGGAGGAGCCAUCCCCGCCACAGACGCCUUCCAGUUCGAGCUGGCCGCUGCUCCUCGACCCGGCGUACGCGCGGAGCAAGUCGGUGAUCCACGACGAGCUGCGCAGCUUCCGCGUGUUCCUCCAGUGGUGCGCGCUGGACCACUCCUCCCCCGCCGCGCGCGCCGCCUCAUACGCUGCCUUCCUCGCGCUGGCGCUGGCCGUGCCCGCCGCCGUCUCGGCCUCCCUCCGCGCGGACGCCUCGCUGUCCCCGGCCUCCGCGUCCGCGGUCACCUUCAACCGCGUGGCCACGCUGACGGCGUCGGGGCUGGCCGCCAUCUCGUUCGCCACGCUCGCCGUCUUCUUCCGCCGCUGUGGGGGCCUCCGGCAGCUGCUGUUCCUGGACGGCGGGCUGUGCGACGACACCGCCUUCGUGCGGCGCCGGUACGAGCGCGAACUGGACCGCGCGUUCCGGCUCCUGGCGGCGCUGCUCGUCCCGGCGCUGUGCGUGGAGGCCGGGCACAAGGCCGUCUUCUUCUUCUCCACGGUGCGCGUGGAGCCGCCGAUCGGGGUGAUGAUCCCGCUCGCGGGCGUGCCGUGGCGCGCGGUGGCGCUUGUGGCGACGGUGGCGUCGUGGGUGUACCGCACGGGGGUGUUCCUGCUGGUGUGCGUGCUGUUCCGGCUCACCUGCGAGCUCCAGAUCCUGCGCUUCGAGGGCAUCUACCACAUGUUCGACGUGGAGGCGUGCGCCGCCGCAGACGACAUCUUCGUGGAGCACCGGCGCAUCCGGACGCAGCUGCUCGCCACCAGCCACCGGUACAGGGUGUUCAUCAUCUGCUGCCUCGUGACCAUCACCGUCAGCCAGCUGGGCGCCCUGCUCGUCGCCCUCUCCUCCAAGGACGGCAAGAGCUUCGCCAACUCCGGCGACCUCCUGGUUGGCUCGUGUGUGCAGCUGAGCGGGUUCUUCAUGUGCCUGUUCGGCGCGGCCAGGAUCACGCACCGAGCCCAGAGGAUCGUGUCCAUCGCCAGCCAGUGGCACAUGCGCAUAGUGUCCGCCGCCCAGCACCACAAACCGGCGGCGACGCCGGCUUUCAGCACGUCGGCGAGCGACAUCGACGCGGCCGCUCUGACGGUGCCGGCCGGAUCAGCGUGCUGCGAGUACAAAAGCAGACAAGCUCUUGUGACAUACCUCUCGCACAACAGCGGGGGGAUCACCUUGUUCGGCUUCACCCUUGACAGAGGCCUGCUCCAUACCAUCUUCGCCUUCGAGAUGACCCUCGUGCUCUGGAUCCUCAGCAAAGCUGUAGUUCUCUCCUAGUUACAUCUACCAAGGAGAUUAGUGAUUGUUACUUCCUAUGUAACCAUCUAAGCUAUAGCUAGCACUCUCAACUGUUGAUGAAAGCGUGAGUAAAUUCAGAUAAUUACGCAUCAAUUUCACGUUCUAAAAAAGACAUGGCG